GCCGUUAGGUUGCAACGUAUGAUGUUUUACGACUCAAACUGGACUGCUGCAAUGGAAAAAAAACCUUCAAGGAUACUCUUGUACAAUAGAUUUCACUCGGUCUAGAUGAGCCCGGAUACCCGGAUUCGUAUUCCACACGUCAAGCAAUGCGUGAAACCAACCGAGAGCAAGGACUAUCAUUGGAGUACACGUUUUAUGAAUCCGGAGUGAGACAUUUGUUUAAUCGGCGCCAUACUCGACGCUUCUCUUCUUCGCUCCUGCAGAUGCAUCUCUCUCUCUCUCUAGACACACACACGCACUCACAGAGACCCCCAAACUAUCAUUCGCACUGCUGAUUUUUUCUGUUUCACUGCCAAUGGAAAACGAAGGUGUCAGUGGAAUGGCAAAACGCAUGAAAGCUUCUGUGGAGGAUAAGGAGACCUUGGUGGAAGGUGGAUCGAUUGUACAGGUUCCUGGUGAAGAUAACGAUCCAAGAGCUUCGAAUUCCGAACAAGUGGAGAUGGAGAUUGCUCACAUUCUCGAGAAGAUCAAUAACUUCACUCAAAUGGUGUCCGAGCUGCUAGAAUCAGGGAAGUCAAUGCUAAAGGAACUGAGCAAUGAAUUUGAAGAACGGAUGAUUUUAAUACACAAGGAACAGAUGGAAAAGUGGCAGGGGGAGAUCAAGGAACUUCGCUUACUUGAUGCUGCUAAUGAGGAGAUUGAUGCUCUUUUGAACAAUGCUAAGUACCUACUAGAGAACAUUCAUGGUGGAUCCUGAGAUAAUGUAUGACAAGGGAUAAACAGAAGAUCCAAAUCUGCAGCUUACCCCUGGAACAAUUCAAGCACCUGUUGCAGUAUAUUAGUUGUAGUAUCAGUAUGACCUAAAUAUGGCACUGGUACUGCAUGAGUGG